AUGGCGUACUCAUCAUCGAAGCUCGUGAGAAACGAGCAAAUACAGUCCGCUAGCCUCCACAAUCCUCGACCUUUAUUCCUGCGACAAUACGUCUGGCCUUUCACCAUCCUGUGGCCCGUCUUUUUUGCGAUCUACCUCAACGAAGAUUACUACGAUGACUACAUCGAUGGAAAAGAGUGGACUUUUGUCUGGAUCGCAACCAUUGCGACGCUGCAAUCAUUAGCGUGGCUCUCCACGAAAUGGAGCGUCGGCAUUGCAACAUCGUUCACUACUUACAAAGCCUCGUCAGUUGACCAUGCUACCUUGAUCAAGGUUAUCCCCGUUGUAAACUCGGGCACGCCUGAAAUCUGCAAGCUUGAGCGCGAGCCGGACGGCCGAAUUUCUUUCAUCUAUCAGAAACGCCGGUUCCUCUACAACUCAGACCGGGACUAUUUCGCACCUCUUACUUUUGCCUUGGAUAAAGAAGAGAAGCCUCUUCUGGAAGAAUUUCAGCUGUCAAAGGGUCUCACUGAGGAGGAGGCUGCGGAAGUCCAUCAUCAUUAUGGAGACAACACAUUCGACAUCCCAGUUCCUACGUUCACUGAAUUAUGGAAGGAACACGCCGUUGCUCCCUUUUUUAUCUUCCAGAUAUUCUGUGUCGGUCUUUGGCUGCUCGACGAAUACUGGUAUUACUCUCUAUUCACCCUUUUCAUGCUGGUCGCGUUCGAGAGUACUGUUGUCUGGCAACGCCAGCGAACGCUCAACGAAUUUCGAGGCAUGUCUAUCAAGCCAUACGACCUCUGGGUCUAUCGUGGGCGCAAGUGGAUUGAGAUCAAGAGCGAUAAGAUUCUGCCUGGCGACUUGGCUUCCGUCGGUCGGACCGGUGAGGAUUCUGGCGUUGCUUGCGACAUGCUUCUUGUGGAAGGCACCGCUAUAGUCAAUGAGGCUAUGCUCUCUGGCGAAAGUACACCUCUCCUCAAAGAGUCGGUUCAGCUUCGACCGGGCAAUGCCCGCAUCGAAGCAGAGGGGCUCGAUAAGAACGCAUUCCUCUGGGGUGGAACAAAGGUUCUGCAAGUUACUCACCCUGCUACCAGCGAGGGCGGUGAGGUCUCGAAAACUUUGGCUUCUGGCGUUCCUAAACCUCCUGACAAUGGGGCUGUGGCAGUCGUCCUCAAAACAGGCUUUGAGACCAACCAAGGAAGCCUGGUCAGGACUAUGAUCUACGCCACUGAACGCGUCUCUGCGAAUAAUGCCGAGGCAUUGUGGUUCAUCCUGUUCCUUCUCAUCUUCGCACUUGCCGCCUCAUGGUAUGUCUGGCAGGAGGGCGUACGCAAUGAUCGGAAACGCUCCAAGCUGCUCCUCGACUGCAUCCUCAUCGUCACCAGCGUCGUCCCACCCGAGCUUCCUAUGGAAUUAUCGCUUGCUGUCAACACAAGUCUCGCAGCCUUGAGCAAGUUUGCCAUCUUCUGCACCGAGCCGUUCCGCAUCCCGUUUGCAGGUCGUGUGGACGUUGCUUGCUUCGACAAGACUGGUACGCUGACCGGUGAAGAUUUAGUGGUCGAAGGCAUCGCAGGCCUCACUCUCAAUCAAAACGGUGUGCCAACGGGCCCUGACGGAGCUCAGACUUCUAUUGUUAAGGUGCCACAGGUUGGCAUUUUCACCACUUUGGUACUCGCUACGGCUCAUGCCCUCGUCAAAUUAGACGAAGGCGACAUUGUGGGCGAUCCCAUGGAGAAAGCCACCUUGAAUGCUCUGAAUUGGUCGCUGGGCAACAACGACACGCUCACAAGCACGCCACCCUCGAGGAACAAGCAAGCUCCGUUAUCGGGCUCCGCCAACCAUAUCGUGCAGAUCAAGCGGCGCUUCCAGUUCUCGUCUGCGCUCAAGCGACAAAGCUCUGUAGCUAUUGUUCUCAUGACCGACCCAAGAACAGGCAAGAAAGGCAAGGGAACAUUCGUCGGUGUCAAGGGUGCGCCUGAGACAAUCCGUAAGAUGCUGGUCGAAACUCCACCGAAAUACGAGGAGACGUUCAAGCAUUUCACUCGCAACGGUGCCCGCGUCUUGGCUCUGGCUUACAAGUAUCUUUCCACGGAAGGCGAGAUCGGCCAGAAGCGCAUCAAUGACCUCAAGCGCGAGGAGGUGGAGUCCGACCUUCACUUUGCCGGCUUCCUUGUCUUGCAAACCCCGCUUAAAGAUGAUGCUAUUAAGGCCGUUCAAAUGCUUAACGAGAGCAGUCAUCGUGUGGUCAUGAUUACCGGUGACAACCCGCUCACUGCUGUUCAUGUUGCUCGCCAGGUUGAGAUCGUGGACAGAGACUGUCUGAUUUUGGACGCCCCGGAGGAUGAUGAUACAGGUACAAAGCUUGUCUGGAGAAGUGUUGACGAGAAGACGAUCAUCCCAGUUGACCCAACCCAAGAUAUAGAUCAGAAGAUCUUGGAAACCAAGGAUCUGUGCCUCACCGGUUAUGCACUCGCAAAGUUCUCUGGGCAAAAGGCCUUCUAUCCGCUAUUGCGGCAUACUUGGGUCUACGCACGCGUCUCACCGAAGCAGAAGGAAGAAAUCCUGAUAGGCCUCAAGGACCUUGGCUAUACUACAUUAAUGUGUGGCGACGGGACAAACGAUGUUGGCGCGCUCAAACAGGCCCAUGUCGGUGUUGCCCUACUCAAUGGCUCUCAGGAUGACCUCAAGAAGAUAUCUGACCAUUUCCGGAGCACGAAGAUGAAGGAGAUCUACGAGAAGCAGGCGGCUAUGAUGAAACGCUUCAAUCAGCCAACACCACCUGUGCCCGUUGGCAUUGCACAUCUAUACCCACCUGGGCCGAGCAAUCCACAUUACGAGAAAGCCAUGAAGCAACGCGCAGAGGCCAAAGGCAUCGAUCUUGACGAGAAGGUCAAUGGCAGUGCCGAGAAUGGUGCUAUCGAAGAGAUCGUGUCCCCCAGAGCCCAAGCAUUACAGCAAGCCAACCUUUCGCCUCAGGAGCGCAAAAAGCAAGAGGCUGCUCAAAAGGCUGCGGGAUGGGCUGAUAAGCUCACGACGGGCAUGCUACAGUCGGAGCUUGAAGAUGCUGAGCCUCCCACGAUCAAGCUUGGAGAUGCUUCUGUUGCGGCUCCGUUCACCAGCAAGCUUGCGAACGUUAUUGCUAUCCCCAACAUCAUACGCCAAGGUCGCUGCACGCUCGUCGCUACGAUACAGAUGUACAAGAUUCUUGCUCUUAACUGUCUGAUCAGCGCCUACUCCUUGUCGGUUAUCUAUCUCUCCGGCAUCAAGUUCGGAGAUAGCCAAGUCACCAUCAGCGGGAUGCUCAUGUCGGUAUGCUUCUUGUCCAUCUCUCGCGCGAAGCCAGUCGAGGCUCUGUCACGCGAACGUCCCCAACCAAAUAUCCUCAACAUGUACAUUCUCGGGUCGGUCCUCGGGCAAUUCGCUAUUCACGUGGCAACACUGAUCCACCUUUCGAACACUGUCUAUAAAUUUGAACAACGGGAUAGUGAGGUGGAUCUUGAGGGAGAGUUUGAGCCUUCGCUCCUCAACAGUGCCGUCUAUCUCAUGCAACUCAUUCAGCAAGUCUCCACGUUCGCUAUCAACUACCAGGGCCGACCAUUCCGCGAGAGCAUCAAGGAGAACAAGGGCAUGUACUAUGGUCUGCUUGCUUGCUCCUUUGUGGCUUUUGCCGGAGCUACAGAGUUCAUGCCUGAAUUGAACGAGCAGCUCAGUCUGGUCAAGUAUCCAGAAGGUUUCAAGCCGACUCUCGUCGGACUGAUGGUCAUUGACUACUGCGGAUGCUGGGUUGUUGAGCAGGUGUUCAAGGCUCUGUUCAGCGACCUGAAGGCAAAGGAUAUUGCUGUCAAGCGGCCUGAUCAGAUGGAGAGGGAUGACAAUCGCAGGAAGGCAAUCGUGGAGAAGGCAGAAAGGGAGCGCAUUGAGGCUAUUGAAAAGGCACGGGGUGUUGCCAACAACACUCUUCCCGCGCGCAAAAGAUGA